AUGCGCCCACUCCAACUUACUCUCCAAAGGACUGAAGCCAGGUGGCAGGGGGCUCAAGGUGAUGGCACUGUGCCCACACUCACUCCCAGUGAUUGCGCCUCACAUGGUGGCUCUGGUUUUUGGUUCAGAAAUUCCCAUGCCCUUCAGGACAAAGCUGCACAGACAACAUUCUGUUGGAAGGACUCCACUCUGACUGCAAAUAGGAAGUAUCAUUCUGCAAAAGAAGCCUAUGAGCAGCUUUUACAGACAGAAAACCUUCCUGUACAAGUAAAAGCAACUGUAUUGCAGCAAUUAGGUUGGAUGCAUUAUAACAUGGAUCUAGUAGGAAACAAAGUCCCCAAGGAAAGCUAUGCUAUUCAGUAUCUUCAAAAGUCAUUGGAGGCAGAUCCUAAUUCUGGCCAAUCUUGGUAUUUCCUUGGAAGGUGUUAUUCAAGUAUUGGGAAAGUUCAGGAUGCCUUUAUAUCUUACAGGCAAUCUAUUGAUAAAUCAGAAGCAAGUGCAGAUACAUGGUGUUCAAUAGGUGUGCUCUAUCAACAGCAAAAUCAGCCUAUGGAUGCUUUGCAGGCCUAUAUUUGUGCUGUACAAUUGGACCAUGGACAUGCAGCAGCCUGGAUGGACUUAGGCACACUAUAUGAGUCCUGCAAUCAACCUCGGGAUGCCAUUAAAUGCUACUUAAAUGCAACUAGAAGCAAAAGUUGUAGUAAUACUUCUGCACUUGCAGCAAGAAUUAAGUUCUUACAGGCUCAGUUGUGUAACCUUCCACAAGGUAGUCUACAGAAUAAAACUAAAUUACUUCCUAGUAUUGAGGAGGCAUGGAGCCUACCAAUUCCCGCAGAGCUUACCUCCAGGCAGGGUGCCAUGAACACAGCACAGCAGAAUGGUUCUGAUAACUGGACUAGUGGCCAAACUGUUUCACAUUAUCCAGUGCAGCAACAAGUUUAUUCACAGUGUUGGACACCACAGAAAUUACAGCACUUGGAACAUCUGCGUGCAAAUAAAGAUAAUUUAAAUCCAACACAAAGACUGAUGCUGGACCAGUUGGAAAGUCAGUUUGUCUUAAUGCAGCAACAAAUAAGACAAACAGGAGUUGCUCAGGUACAAACUACUGGAAUGUCUAAUGAGCCAAUAUCUGCCUCAUCACUGCCUACAAACUCUAUCUCUAGCCAGCAACCACAUGCAGCUCUGACAAGAGCACCUAACAUCUCUCAGCCUGGAGUUCGCCCUUCUUGUCUUGAAAAGCCUUUGUCCAGCGGAGCUUUUCCUGCAGGCUAUGUUCCUUUCGACACAUCAAAAACUCUAGGGAAUACAGACACUAUUUUGGUAGGAAAUUAUAUAAGAGGAAGUGGAAGUAAUGGAAAUGUGCCUUACCUGCAGCAAAACCCACUUACUCUACCUCAUAACUGCACAAACCUGACCAGCAUCACAGGAGAGUCACGGAGAAAACAACUUUCUAACUCUGCUCAGGGGCUUCAUAAAGGUCAGCAUUCACAUUUGGCAGGACAUAAUGGUGAACAACCUCUAUUUCCCCUUGAGCCUACUCAGAAUCUCCAGGCAGCUAAUAAUGGUAUUAAGAAUCAGAAUGGACAUCAUACUCUGCCUAGAAAUUCAGUACCACAGGGAGAUGCUCUCAGUCAUCUCUUCUCUAUUGCUACCUCAGAUGGACAAAAAGGUAUUACCAUUACCAAAGAGAGCAAGCCCUCAAGAAAUGGAUCCCUGGGGUCUGAAAUAAACAGGCCUGAUGGAGACACAUCUAGUAGCUGUGCUGGGAUCAAGGGACCUUCUAAUCAUGUCCAUGAGAUGACAGCAGUUGCUAUUUCCAGUCCUAACCAUGGAGAUUCUGUGUCACCAAAUUUAAUAACUGCAGACAGUCCUCAGCUCUCGGCCUUUUUGGUUGGAAAAGCCAAUGACAAUAUAGGUACUGGCACUUGUGACAAAGUCAAUAAUAUUCAUCCAUCUAUUCACAUAAAGACUGAUAAUUCUGUUGCCUCUUCACCCUCUUCAGCCACUUCCACAACACCUUCUCCAAAGUCCACUGAGCAGAAAAGCACGCAUAGUGUUACCAACCUUAACAGUCCUCCCAGUGGGUUACAUACAAUUAAUGGAAAAGGGCUGGAGAAUUCACAGAGCUAUAUAAAUGUUGACCUGCCUGUAGUUAGCCACAAAUGUAGUCCUCAGAUUAUACCAUCGAUGUCUGUGUCCAUAUGCUCCAAUUCAACAGAAGUUCUGAAGGCAUGCAGGAAUGUAGGUAAAAAUGGCUUGUCUAGUAGUCACAUUUUGUUGGAUAAGCGUCCGCCUCCAAGACCACCAGGUUCACCUUACCCUCCCUUGCCAAAGGAAAAGCUGAAUCCACCCACACCUAGUAUUUAUUUGGAAAAUAAGCGUGAUGCUUUCUUUCCUCCAUUGCAUCAGUUUUGCACCAAUCCAAAAAACCCUGUUACAGUAAUACGUGGCCUUGCUGGAGCUCUUAAAUUAGAUCUUGGACUUUUUUCUACCAAAACUUUGGUAGAAGCUAACAAUGGACAUAUGGUAGAGGUGAGGACACAGUUGUUGCAACCAGCAGAGGAAAACUGGGAUCCCACUGGAACAAAGAAAAUUUGGCAUUGUGAAAGUAGUAAAUCUCAUACCACAAUUGCUAAAUAUGCACAGUACCAAGCCUCCUCCUUCCAGGAAUCAUUGAGAGAGGAAAAUGAGAGAAAAACACAACUUAAAGACUAUUCAGAUAAUGAGUCCACGUCUUCAGAGAAUUCUGGAAGGAGAAGGAAAGGACCUUUUAAAACCAUAAAAUCUGGAAUCAACAUUGACCUCUCUGAUAACAAAAAGUGGAAGUUGCAGUUACAUGAACUGACUAAACUUCCUGCUUUUGUGCGUGUUGUAUCAGCAGGAAAUCUUCUAAGCCACGUUGGUCAUACCAUACUGGGCAUGAAUACAGUUCAGCUAUACAUGAAAGUUCCAGGAAGUAGAACACCAGGUUCCUUGGUUGCACGAAUUGUUUUUAAAUAUGGAAAAAUUUCUCUGCACUUGAAGUCACCAAGAGAAUAACAACUUCUGUUCUGUUAACAUAAAUAUUGGACCUGGAGACUGUGAGUGGUUUGUUGUACCUGAAGAUUACUGGGGUGUUCUGAAUGAUUUCUGUGAAAA